GUGUGUCACUUUCUCACUUUCAUCACCACCUUCACUCAACUCAGAACUUUACCCUCAUCCUCCAUGAACAAAUUUCAUUCUUUUCUCCAAAUUCAGGGUUAGGAAAUCAAAUGCAUCAUCACUUGUCCCAACCCUCUAUGUGAAACCCUUGCCUUUCUCCUCCAGGACACCAAGAGACCAUUGCCUCUCGGCAAGUCUACCACCGUGAGAUCUGGUACACUCAAUCUCAAUUGCUUCCACAUCCCAACUAUGACUUUCAUUUUCCUUGAUGCUUUAUUGGAAGGGUAAUUCUUUCUACGGUCUCAAAUCCCAAUUACCAAUUGAAAUUAACAAGUUUUAUUCAAUUAGGGUUUUUGAAUAAACAGAAAUAAAGCGCGGGGUUAACCAUGAGAGGCUUUGGAGGAUCUCAUUCUCACUGUUGGAUGUGGAUUCCUCAUCGUCCUCUUCGUUCGCAUUUCAUGAAGUGAAUAACCAUAUAUUUUAUUUUAUUAUAUGAUAAGAAGCAGUAGAAACUAAUUUAAGCUGGUUGUUACAAUUGUUUUGACCAAACCAUUCUCAUUGGAAAUCGAAUCAGAUUCAGAACCGAGUUACAGUUACAGAGCCCGCCGCUUGUUGUGUUUAUUUAAAACUAUACGACCUAUAGCAGAUCUCACCAACUUACAGGUACACGUAUUGAAACUGAAGUGUAUGGAAAACGGGUGCUAAAGCUUAGAAAUCACGGGGAAACAACGAAAUGAACUGUCUUCGCCUCUCCAUUAGAAUUCUUUCUUUUCCAGGUGUUAGUUUGAUUUGCAAUGUUAAUAUUCUGUGCAAAAAGUCAGGUCUUGUGGCUGAAUUAUCAUACAAAUCAUCCUAUUCUUUUCUUGGACUUGGAGGGACUAUAAAGGAUACAAACAGUGGGAAAGUCAAAGUGAUAUAUGAUGCAAAUGAAGUCAUUUCAUGGCUCAAAGCUCCUAUUGCCAAAGAAACAGAGGCUGUGUGGCAAACUGAAUCAGCCGUUAUUUGGGACCGAGGAAUCCCCUUAUCAGUACAGAGGAAUGUUCCAUGCUUUGACUACUGUGCUUUGGCAAGAAGGUCCACAUGCUUUAUACAAGGGCUGGCUUCCUUCAGUAAUUGGAGUAGAUUCUAGGAAGGGUGCUUCUGUAGGCUCUCUGUUUCUUCAUAAUUGUUGAUGGUAGGAUCUAUUUGUAGAUACUAGAUACAUAUAUUCAAUUAGUCAUGUUAUAAUUAUACCAUUUAGCUAAAGACAUCUAAGAGCUACAUUGAGUUAUUUAUUUAGAUUGUACCUCUCAACUUUAUUCGAGUGAAGGCAUAUUGCAUGAUUCUCUACAGGCCCAAAAAUGGAAAGUUAAUGCAUUUACAUGUUGUCUACAUUUAGGAUCACAAUUCAUAAUAAAUAUUGAAUAUUGUUACCACUAUCAAGAGUGUAAUUAUUGUAGCAUAUAUUGUUUAGAGAGGAAUGCCAAGGACACCUUCAUACUGACUCUCUUGAACACACUUAACUAUAUUGGGUCACGUCAUCUAUGUUUUAUCAAACGUUUACCUGCUAACCGGUUAAACAAGUAGGCGUUUUUAUAUUUCAAAACACUUUUUUCUAAACAAAACACUUCUAUUUUGUCAUUGAUUUUCAAAUUUAAAUGUGCUGGCUCAUAUUUAUUUUACAAUGAAGAUGGAAAAGGACUGUUGCAUGGAAAAAUAAUUCCAUAACGUGAUUGUAUGAUUACAAGCCACGAUAUGGUGUUCGAAGCAUCUUUCACUGCCAAGCACUUAUCAUCGUCAAUUUGUGGCCCAUAGACCACAGUACAUCACAAAAUUAUCAAGACAUCAUAGUAUGCUCAAUCGGCAGUAUAGAUAGGGACCAUGUUGAUUUAUCUCCAUAGCUUGUCACUUGCUCUGGAAUGUAGGACACAGUCUUAAAUAUACUUUUUAUUUCUAUAUAUAACUCUAAACUAGUUGAUAAAAGGAUUAAUAAAUUUGUUAAGGUGUAUUUGAUCCUGUAGGACACACAUCAUAUCAUGUGAGUCCUUUGCAAUUUGUACUAUGCAUGCAUGGCAUAUAAGUUGGUUUGAAGACUCUUAGAUAAUUGAAUAUCAUGUGUGGAUUUUGUUAAUGGUUUCCUACUUGUUAUCAUUUAUUAGACCGAGUUAAUUGAACUUGAAUAGUAAAAUCAUCUUCAUGUGCAAGUUAUAAUGUGUUGGCUUAUAUUUUAAACAAGAUUUUAUUUUUACAAUAGGAGCCUCAUAUUUAUGUUUAGUUGAUUGUGUAAAAUAAUUAAUUUGACUUUUGAAUUUAUACAAAAGUCAAUAGUCUUUGGUUCUCUUAUUGUUGUUUUUGACUCUUGAAUUUAUACGAAAAUCAGUAGUCUUUGGUUCUCUGUUGUUUGCCAAGUUAAAUACUAUAUGUGAAACAUUUUUCUCUUAUUUCAUGGGUGUUGGUUUGACUCUUGAAUGUAUCCAAAAAAUCAAUAGUCUUUGGUUGUGUUUGUCAAAUAGAUGAUAUAAGUGAAACUUUUCUUAUUUUCUGUGUGUGGUACUGCAAUUUAAUAGCAUGCAUGAGUUUGCAGCUGGAACGAGUACCUGAGGUCUCAUUAUUGAACAAAAUAUUAAUAGGCUUUUAAUAGCGCUUAUUUGAUAAAUGCUAUUAAAGGUGUUUGACCUAUGAUAGCACCUUUAAGAAAAGCGCUAUUAAAUACUAUUCAAAAAAAAUCUUGUCAUAGCGUUUUAAUAGCGGGAGCUUUAAUAGCGCUAUUGCAGGUCAAAAAAGCGCUAUUAAAAUACUCUUUUGGCGUAGUGAAUGUUUACAUAUUACAUCGAUGGCAAGGCGGACCCGAUGUAAUAGGUAAGUUUUAACUCAAGUUCUUCCACCUCGUUAAUGUUUUCCCUUUUAUCUACUUCUUGUAUUAUAAUUUAUGGAGAUUAACUGCAAAGAGUCCAUAUGAUAGCAAAGAAAAAGGUACCAUAGGUACAAAUUCACUCAUACAAACUCCUUUUCUAAUAAAUGCAAGACAAAUCUGCACAUGUUGAGAUCCAUCAAAACGUAAAGUCCCAGACAAACUUAUACCCCUAGACUACACCUUCGGGAACAACUAACAUUUUGCAUUAAAAAUAACUAUACACAGUCGUGCUUUGAGGAAACAAAAUAGAAUGGUAAAUGAUUUUGGUCCUUAGGUUUCACCUGGCAUGAGGAGUUCAUCAAAACUCCAUUCAAGCACUCACCAUCAGUGUUGUCAAAAUCGCGAGUCAACUCGCUGAAUCGCACGAGUUUGCGCUUUACCCAUAGAUGACCGAGCGAAAUCGUGACCAGAAUCGCCAGAGAAGAGGAUCGGCGCCGAAUCGGCGUGCUGGAGCGGUGAAUCGCAGGAACGGCGUGCGUUCCGAUCUGUUUUUUUCCGGAUCGGGUCACGAAACCCACCUUUGUUUUUUUUUUGAAACUGUAUUAAAAAAAGCCACGUUUCCUUUUAUUUUUUUUCUUUUUAGGGCUAAGACUCAUUAAUGAUGAAACUCACCGUUUCAUUUGCCCUUUUUUUAAUUUAAAAUUAAAUCUUUCAUUGUGGCCUUCCAAGUUCCACCGUUUCUGCCUUUUUUUUUUAAUUUAAAAUUAAACCUUUCAUUGUGGCCUUCCAAGUUCCACCGUUUCUACCUUUUUUUUUUAUUUAAAAUUAAACCUUUCAUUGUGUCCUUCCAAGUUCCACCGUUUCAUUUUCCUUUUUUUUUUUUAUAAAAAAUUAAAGCUUUUUUUCUUUCUUUGAACCAUCGCGGCCUUCCACCGUUUCUUGCUUCUGUUUGAAUUAUUUGCUUCUGUUUGAAUUUAUUUGAUUUGUUUUGUUUCAAGUUAUGUGAUUUGUUUCUGUUUGAAUUGCAUGUUGAAUUGUUUGAGUUUUGAAUUUUAAUCUUUAUGUUUGAGGUUACGAUCCUACGGUUUUGAAUUACGAUCCUACGGUUUUGAAUUACGAUCCUUUUCCGAUCUAUGGUCAUCUAUUUCCGAUCUAUGGUCAUCUAUUUUGGUAGGAUCUUACAAUCCGUGUUACGAUUAUCCAAGUUACGAACUAUUACCCUUCUCCCGAUCCUAAUCCGAUUUACGGGUUUCACAACAUUGCUCACCAUCACGAAAUGCAUGUGUAUGACUUCUCCCAUUUCCAUUAGUUUUACAUCAAUGAUUUGGUAAUAGUCUCAUCAACUAAAUAAAAUAUAGUGUGAAUAAAGCACAUCAAAAGGCAUCUUAAACUAUUGACUAUUCCUUUUCAUUUGUUUUGUGUUAGGGGACGGGUAAUAAGUAUUUAUGUUGGUAACAUACACACAUGAUAAAAGGAAAAUAAAAAUCUUUUCCUAGGGGGGUAAAUAAUUCAUGAAAAUAAAAGGUCAUGCAAAAUGUUUAACCAAUGUAGAAACUUAAUUGGAAUACCUUUGUAUUCCGUUGCAAAUUACAAUCUUAACAGGUACUUCUCAUGGGAUUGAAUUUCCAUUUCAAAAAGCUUAAUUGAAAAAAAAAAAAUUAAAAAUAUUGACAUUACAGAGAAUGAUUCAUCAAAAUAAACUCAAUAAAUGGUAGAUUUACAUUUAUCUAUUCCUUUCUUUUUGCUUUCUGGCUGGAAGAUUAUUGCCAUAUGUAACAGGAUUGUUGCUUAUGCUCUUGAACUCGAAUAAAAUAAAUUUAUUUGGUUAUGGAUAAUUUAUUUACUUGCAAUUUAUAUCAUGUUAGAAGAGCAUAAAUAAAUUGUUCAACACGGUUCUUACUAGAAAAAAACAUUAGUUUUUAUUUGUUCAAUAUCAAGAUUUUAUCUUCAUAUUUAGUGUCAUUUAGGAUUUAGUUCAAGCUGUUGGAGUUAAUUAGUAUUGUAAUACUCUUCUGGUUAUUGUUUCACUAAUAUUUUUUUACAGUAAUUUCAACAUUUCAUGUGCAAUUUUCUUUGCUAAGCAAGGGUCAAGGUGUGUUGACAAUUAAUAAGCAACUGUAUUAAUACGAAUACUAGGGUAUUCAAACCCAAAAGGAAAAAUUACACGGUCAAAAACAUGCUACCUAUUAAAGAUACAGUCCACCAAAUUAUUAGUAUUACAUUAUAGCCUAAUUCAUUAUUAGCUUUUUUUGCUGUACUUUUGUUAUUAAUUUCAAAUUAUAGAGGAUUGUUAUUUUAAAAAAUACUUUCAAGACUGGAUCCUUUAUUGAGUUGUCCACAGUAUUAAAGCUGACAAGGUUGCUAUCAACUAAAAUUUAUAGCUACAAAUUAGCAAGGAAAUUAGCUUGCCAAUUAGUUUAAACAAUUUAUGGGCACAAGUAUGUGGUUGAUUUUAGUCACGUGCCACAUCAUCCUCUUAUAACAGGCAUUGCAAAAAAUGUAUACUGAAAAUUUUAAAGAGACCACUCUUGAAAGGAAAUGUUUUAUAAGACUAAAAAUAUAUUUAAUCUUAUAUAUAAAUAUAUUAGAUGAACUUUUAUGUAAAUGAUACAUACCACGUUAAGUUCUAAUGGACAUAUAUCACAUUGAUCUUCACACAUUAUAUAAAUAUUGCUCGUGUUAAUAUAAUUUAUUAUAACUUGAUUAUAAACAUUUCUUUCCACCUUUAAAUUUCUUUCAACCGCAAAAUAAAUGCUAUUAAUUAGUUUGAUUUUUUAAGGAAUAAAUUCAUAAUUAUCAUUGCUAUUAAUUAGUUAUCAUUAGACAUUUCAAUUGCUUCUCUAUGGAGAGUGUGUCUUUAGAUGAUUACAUAUAAAAGGAGAUUAAUAACGUAGACAAAUUUAAAAUACUUUUAAAAGAACGUGAUUAAAUAUAGUUAUCAGUUAGUAAUCCGAUGAUCGACUAAAUUAAUUAAUAUAUUUCUUAUGCAUCUUUAUUUUGAAAGUUAAUACAUUUAUGAUGAAAUCAUAGAAAAAUAAAAUUUAGAAUAUUAGAGAGAGAAUAUUUAAGAAUCGCAAUAAUAAAAAAAAUGAUAAAAUAAAAAAACGAUGAUAUUAUGUCAAAACUAAAAUUACUAUUAAAAAAUUUUAAAAAGUAAUAUAAAACCAUAAAACAAUUUAAUGGUUUACAAUUCAAAAAAAUGAGUUUUAAAACAUUUUAUAAAGCAUGUAGUUUUAGUUAAUUACUUAUUAACGAAAAUAUAUAAAUCAGGAGGAUACUUUUUUUUUGUAAGCAAGAUAUAUUAUAUGGAACAAAAGUUCACAAAGACAAGAUUACAAAAAAGAGGAACAAGUUUCAAGGGAAAAUUACCCACCAAUUAGAACCUAAGAUAAGUAAAACAAUGGAUUUUUGUCAAACUCAUAAAAAUUACAAUUGGUACGGGGAAUAUUCCCGAUAAAGUCAUUAGUUUAAUAUAAUAACUAUCUUAAAAUCAAAAUCUUUGAAAGUGUAAUCUCGUCCUUUAAAAUAAUACAAGAAAACUAAUGCUUGACCUAGA